GCAAUCGAAUCGUGUCCGCCCCAACUCUGUCUUCCCGUUCACUCCGCCACCGCCGGCGCCGCCGCAGCUUCGAAUUCCGGCCAUCUCUCACCCACUUCCCAACAACCACAUACUCUCUGCGUCCUACUCCUCGGCGUCUCCACCCACACCGCCGGAUCGCCCGUCUCGCCGGAGCUCGUCGCCAUGGCCGCCGUCGCGCUCAAGAACCAGCUCAACGCACACAUCGCCUCCAUGUUCGCCGCGGGUUUUCUGGACAAGCAGUUCCAGGAGCUACAGAUGCUUCAGGAUGACGGGAGUUCGCCGGGGUUCGUCAGCGAGGUCGUCGGCCUCUUCAUCGACGACGCGGAGAAGAUCACCGGCCUCAUCGCCGGCCUGCUGGACCAGCCUGUCGUGGACUUCGAUAAGGUGGACGCCCUGGUGCACCAGCUAAAGGGGAGCAGCGCCAGUGUUGGUGCUCAGAGAGUGAAGCUGUCAUGCGAGCAGUUCCAUAGCUACUACGAGGCAAAAAACAGAGAUGGGUGCGUCAUGGCAUUGGCUCUUCUCCGAAAUGAGUUCUAUGAUUCUCGCAGCAAGUUCCAGACCAUGUUUCAGCUGGAGCAGCAAAUCGAGGCAUGCUCCUAAACAAUAAUUGGAACAAAGAGAGAGUUGCUCCAUGUGACCGCCCUCACAUGGCUGGUGUAUCUUGGAAGAUGUAGAGCAUGUUGAAUGGGGUGUGUAACAGAUCAAAAUUGAUCUGGGGAUUGAACUCCGAGCUCACUACCCUGUAACAGACAAAAACUUGUUGUAUCGUGUUGGUGUCUCUGUUGAAGUGUAUGAUACCUGUUUGUGUCGGAUGGGUGCCAAAUCAUGCCAUCUGUAAAAACUGUUAAAUGGUUGUGUGGUGACUCUUUUUCUUUUA